AUGGCUGAGAAAGUAACAAAUGUGACCAGCAUAACGGAAUUUUUGCUCAUGGGACUCCCUGACGACCAGGUGCUACAAACACUGUAUGUUACAUUCUUCUCCCUGAUUUACCUGGCAGCACUGAUGGGCAACCUCCUUACUGUCACCCUCACCUCCACUGACCAGCAUCUCCAGUCCCCCAUGUAUUUCUUCCUAAAGAAUUUGGCUUUGAAUGAUAUCUGCUAUAUCUCCGUCAUUGUGCCCAAAUCCAUCGUAAACUCUCUGACCAAAAGCCAUUCCAUCUCUUUCCUGGGAUGUGCCUCCCAAAUUUUUCUUUUUCUUUUUUUUGCUGGCACAGAGUACGCCCUCCUCAUAGUCAUGUCCUAUGACCGCUAUGUUGCCAUCUGCCAGCCUCUGUACUAUGAGGCCAUCAUGAAUAGAGGCACCUGUUGGCAGAUGGUGACGGCGGCAUGGUCCAGUGGGUGUGUCUAUGGAUCCAUUCACGUGGCAGGUACGUUCUCUGUCCGCUUCUGUGGGCCCUACGUAGUGCAUCACUUCUAUUGUGAUGUCCCGUCGCUGCUCACACUUGCUUGCCCUGGAGAGCACACGCUGGAAUAUGCAUUUGUGAUUGCUAGCUGUACUUUGGCCUCUGUCUGCUUCCUUUUUCUGAUUGCCUUUUACACCUGUAUUUUCUCAGCUGCCCUGAGAAUUCCAGCAGCACAAGGCAGGUUCAAAACUUUCUCUACCUGCGUGCCACACCUCACUGUGGUGACCUUGUUUCUCUUUUCUGGUAUUGUCACUUACUUGGGGACCGGCUAUAAAUCGGCAUCAUCACUAAAUCUUUUCAUGUCUGUGUUAUACACUAUGGUACUGCCCAGCCUGAACCCUCUCAUCUAUAGUCUGAGGAACAAGGCUGUGAAGGCAGCCCUGGGCAAAAUACUGCUGUUAAAAUGUUACCAAAAACAUAAAUACCCUGCUGUCCUUAAUCCACCUGGCAGGCACACUAAAUAA